AAAACUCAUACAGUAUAUAUAGCUGGAAGAAUUUGUGUCGAACAGUAAACUAGUACUACUCCAGUACAGUCAACAUGAAAGUGGUUUACUUAGUAGCAGCUAUCCUCUUGUUUGGAGCUGAACAAUCUCUUCAACAAUCAUGCCAUCUGAGAGAAUUGGAUCUCUGUGCUGCUUCAAUGUUAUUGUUUACCCAAGGACAAUCUUCUCCCAUAGCUGCUAACGAAGAAGAAGUCACAAAACAAUGCGAGUAUAUCACAGAAGCACGUCACUGUAUAAACAAUUUUACAAACAAAUGCACAACUGAACUUCAAAGAGAAUUAUUAAAAUAUGUACUUGAAGGAACAGAAAAAACCAUGGACGAUUUCUGUACAAAGGGAUCAAAUUUAAGAAAAGAAUAUCUGAAAUAUGCUCCAUGUGUGAGUAAACAUUUCGAAGAUCAAAGACCUUGUUUGAAUGAUGCUUUAGCAACUUUGGAAACUUUGGAACAUAAAAAAUUCGACGAAAGAAUUCCAACAAUUUGUUGUGGUUACUCCAGAUUCCGCAAAUGUCUCAGCAAUAACGUUAUCAACAAGUGUGACAAAGAAGCUGAUAAACUUAUCGAUAAAGUGAUUCAGUUAACAGCAACUGAUCUUUUGUCAUUGAUCUGUGGUAAUUACGAUCACUCUGGUGAUAAAUGCAAGGGUCUGUUGCCAUCUGAAGGAUCCAAACCGAAAGGUUCAAACUCCAACUCCGCUUUAGGACGUAUUCUGUCAGCAUUUCUGACAAAUUAAAAAAAAAAAAAAAAAA